CAGACCUCCUCUGUGGACCCUCCAUCUCCUUCCCCUCAUCGGAGCUCCUCAGUUAACUUUUGCAUUCAUAGGGUUAUAUUUAUUUGCCUCCUUUGCAGUUUGUUUCCUCUCUUCCCAUCAUGAGUGCUCAGAGAGCGACGCAGCUUGCAGAUCAGCAGCACCAAGUCCUCAAAAGCUGAGCCAAACCCAGAAAUCAGGCCUGGAUGUGUUAAAACAUACCAAAUAUUUGGCAGUAGCACUCCUCUCUACAAUGGAGCUGUCUUUGGAGGGCUUCUCUACAAACAUGUCCAAACUGUUCCCAAACACCAGCAUGCCACUCAAUGCCACCGGGAAUUCCACCAACAACCAGUUUGCUGAAGUCAACCUCUUUGAGAUCCUGGGUCCAAAACGAUCUCCAUUUUUCUUCCCGGUGACCAGCGUUUACCUCCUCAUCUUUCUCACCGGCUUGUCCGGGAAUCUGCUCACAUGUGCGGUGAUAGCAAAGCACAAGAAGAUGCGUAACCCCACCAACCUUUACCUUUUGAGCCUGGCCGUGUCUGACCUCCUUGUACUUUUGUUCGGGAUGCCCUUGGAGAUUUACGACCUGUGGCAGAACUACCCCUUCCCAUUUGGCGAGGGCGGCUGCUACUUCAAGACCUUCCUCUUCGAGACGGUGUGCUUUGCCUCCAUCCUCAACGUCACUGCUCUCAGUGUGGAGAGGUACAUCGCUGUGGUGCAUCCACUCAAAACGCGCUACCUGUCCACUAACCAGCACGCCAAGCGGGUCAUUAGCAUCGUGUGGGUGGUGUCAAUGAUCUGCGCCGUCCCCAACACCUCUCUGCACGGCAUCUUCUACCUGCCAGAGAAAAUGGAGGAGUCGGCCAUAUGCACUGUGCUCAAGCCACUCUGGAUCUAUAACAUGGUCAUGCAAAUCACAACUGUGUGCUUCUACUUUGUGCCCAUGAUGAUAAUAAGCAUGCUGUACUUAGUGAUGGGCCUUCAUCUGAGCAGAGAGAGGCAGCGGUCCAGCAGGAACCUGGGAAAGAACUGCAGCAGCACUCGAAGGAAGGUCAGCGUGGAGAGCAGGCGAAGGAGACAGGUCAUCAAGAUGCUCUCGAUUGUGGUGGCUGUGUUCGGAGUCUGCUGGGCGCCCUUCCACAUCGAGCGACUCCUGUGGAGUUCUAUCAGCCAGUGGACCGACCUGAUGCACAACAUUUAUCAGUACGUCCACAUCUUCUCAGGCGUCCUCUUCUACCUCAGCUCCGCGGUCAACCCCAUCAUCUACAGUCUGCUGUCCACACGCUUCAGGGAAUGUUUCCGGGAGCUCGUGUGCUCCCACACGGAGGAGAACAGCUCCGUCAGAGACUCCCCACCAUUCCCCAAGAUUUUACUGGAAUCCUCCCUCACAAGCUCCAGAGUUGAGCCCCAGGGUAAGGACUCCAACGCUUUCCUCCCUCUGCUUAACGUGACACUGAGCAUGGACAACGGGAUGCUCACGUGUGCGUGUAAAGAGACGACCUGUAAGACCUCCGUGUUCUGAGGUUUGAUGUGAAGGACGCAACCAGAACCACUAACAUGUUGACGUUUCAGAUCCUAGGCUUACUUGCUUCUGCAAAGAGCUUGACAAUUAACUCUCUUAUAUAUGAGUAUAUGAGCAGGCACACCUAACCCACGUGAAGAAACUACCAGCAACAAAGUCUCUGGAUCUGAAAGAUGCAUCCAAACACAGCGACAAGACUGCAGCCAACCACCAGCUGGCACACGCGCUUGUGUGAAAGGAGAUAUCUCUUCAAACCUGUAGGUGGCAGUAGUCUCUGUUUGUCCCUCAACAACUGAAAAGCAGGAUAACUACUAGCUAGGAGAUUAGGAUGCUAGUGCUACAAACGACCGUGCAGAGCUCUGCAGAACCGUGGUGGUCAGUCGGUUUAUUCAUUUAAGAUGAAUGUGGUGAAUAUAUUUGUGUAUUUGAAUACGCCUUGUCAUGAACCUUGUCAUUUUGUUCUCUUUCGUUUCUCUUGUGCUGCAUUGGUUCUCUAAUCUGAACUCUCAAUCAGAGCGAUCCUUAGGCAUCCUGGAAGCCAGCCUGCAUGUCCCCCCACCCACAAAUUUUUUUUGUGGUGAAAUAUCGGUUUGGAGUCUCUCCGUUGGGGACUGAUUAUGCCAGAUAACUAUCUGCUGGGUCAAUGAAAUCAUUUGGGUAUAAUGGUUUAAGUUGUAUGUCAGAAAAUCUCAACUUGUUUUUCACAACUUUGUUGUAUCAAUUGAAUCCAAAAUUAUUAUUUGAGUAAGAAUUAAAGGCGCUGUUAUUGUUUUGUUUUUCUUACCCUUUAAGUUCGUAACAUGUCAUUUAAGAGCUUGUAUGAUUUUUUUUGCUGUGGAUAAUACUGCUCAACAGUGCCUGCAUAUUCCACCUGCUGUCUUAUUCUGCAAAUACUGUAUGCCUUAGAGCACAGGUGUCAAACGUACGGGCCAAAAGCGGAACCACCAGAAGGUCUAAUCUGGCCUGCAGCAUGAAUUUGCAAAGUGUGAAAAUUACAUAGAAGACUGCAAUUUUUCAAUGAAAAUAACUCCUAAUUUGUCCUUGUUUUAGUCAGGAAAGGGGACAGGAAACAACUCAGAGACCCACUAAACACCAAUGAGCCCAGACUGCAUGUAUUAUUCUUAAGAAAAGGAUAGUUUGUUAAAUGCAAACAAUCUGCUGGUUUACUUGUUCUUCUUUGCACUAAAACAACUGGGAAAAGUCUGGAGUUGUCAUCACUUAUAGGUUAUCGUUCUUCUAUGUUACUGGUCCGGCCCACUUGAGAUCAAAUUGGGCUGUAUGCAGCCCCUGAAAGUUUGACACACCCGCCUUAGAGAAUGAAUCCGGUGGGAAGGUGCGACAAUCUGUUACGAACAACGUUGUACUUGAUUAUCUCUGAUCUUAUUUGUGAAUCAGUGCUGAAGAGCUUAAAGUCCUUCUGUGUGUUUUCAGUGGUACCUGCAAACUAAGAAUGUGACGCUUAACUGCUUUUGGUGAUCUCGUUCUGUAUCCCGUUGCAUGGCCAGCCAUCAUGUACUUGAUUUGAACGACUGACGUUCACUGUGAUUGCAAAGAUGAUUAUGGCUAUUGUGUGAUGCCAAAUUUGAAAACCGCACAAAUAAAUGUCGAGUUGUCCAGCUACUUUGACAUGUUGAAGCCAGGUAACAUUUGAUUUGAGUCGUGUUACUUCCACAAUUCAAACACGUGUGUAUCUUCACGCUUAAUGGGUUUGUUUGUCAUCGUGAUUGCACUGUGUGAAUAUUUCUGCAGAAAAUCUCACAUCUUACCCAAAAUAACAAACCUUUGACAAUGACAUGGUAUAAUUUGGAUGUUGGUGCAGUUUUUGUUCCAGUUCUACUUGAGCCAACAAAUUUGUUCCAUCCCACUAACCAUCAGAAUAAGCUUUAAUCUGUCGAUGUGUGUGUGUGACAAAAUAGCAGAAGGGAGCUUUGCAUUUUGAUUUCCUUCUUUGGACUGGGUGCAUACAGCAUUUUGAGGACCUUUUCCGCUUCCAUAACAUCUUCAUACACACAAAAGUACAAAACACCAGCAUUUUUAUUAUGAAUAUGUGUUUUCUGUGUCUCUUCGUGGGCUAUUUUUCAUUAGUAUUUAGUAUUGGUGGUAGAG